CAAUACCAUUUACGACGUAGGCAAGCAUCAUACUUACUGCUAGCAAUAGAAGUGAGUCCGAAAUAUAGUGGGUUUUUAGAUUUCUAGGGUUUGGAACAAAAAUUGGUGAUUCCAACACCCAAAAUGAAAACAAAGAGAAAUGCAGAGAUUGAGGAAUUGAGUGCCUCAAAGAAGCAGAAAUUGGACAGUAACUCCCCUUCUCCACACUUGAUUGACAACCCACUUGUACCCUACAACGAUGUGGAUGACGAUGACGAACACACGACUCAGAGUAAUGGGUAUGAGAGUCCAGAAGAAGAAGAUGAUGAGUCCAACCAAGUGAAUCGCAGAAACCCAAUUGAGCCUCGCCAAGAUUGCCCUUACCUCGACACAGUUAAUCGGCAGGUGCUGGAUUUUGAUUUUGAGAAGUUUUGCUCCGUGUCUUUGUCAAACCUGAAUGUGUACGCUUGUUUGGUUUGUGGCAAGUAUUAUCAAGGAAGAGGUAAAAAAUCCCAUGCUUAUACUCAUAGCCUCGAAGCUGGACACCAUGUUUUUAUCAAUCUUCAAACUGAGAAAGUUUACUGCCUUCCUGAUGGUUAUCAGAUUAACGAUCCGUCACUCGACGAUAUACGCUAUGUUCUCAACCCGAGAUUUACCAGGGAGCAAGUUGAACAGCUUGACAAAAACAGGCAAUGGUCUAGGGCGCUUGAUGGGUCUGAUUAUCUUCCCGGCAUGGUUGGCCUGAAUAACAUUAAAGAGACUGAUUUUGUCAAUGUGACUAUUCAAGCUCUGAUGAGAGUUAAACCCUUGAGGAAUUUCUUCCUUAUUCCUGAAAAUUAUGAGCAUUGCAAAUCUCCUCUUGUACAUCGCUUUGGAGAACUCGCACGCAAGGUUUGGCAUUCUAGGAACUUUAAAGGACAGGUGAGUCCGCAUGAAUUUCUCCAGGCAGUUAUGAAAGCCAGUAAGAAACGGUUUCGCAUAGGACAGCAGUCGGAUCCUGUGGAGUUCAUGGCAUGGCUUAUUAAUACACUACAUGCAGAUCUUAGGACUUCGAAGCAAAAUAACAGCAUCAUUUAUGAGUGUUUUCAGGGAGAGCUGGAAGUUGUGAAAGAGAUUCCUAACAAAGCUAUUGCUGGGAAGAAGGAAAAUGGCAACGAUCAGAACAUUAUCAAGAAGAUUACUGAUGGUGGGAAUGAACAUGUUGUUGUCACGGAAACUUCUAGAAUGCCAUUCUUGAUGCUUGGACUGGAUUUGCCGCCACCCCCUCUAUUUAAAGAUGUGAUGGAAAAGAAUAUAAUACCUCAGGUUCCUUUGUUCAAUAUACUGAAGAAAUUUGAUGGUGAGACGGUGACUGAAGUUGUCCGACCUCACAUAGCCCGGAUGAAAUAUCGAGUUACCAGAUUACCACAGUAUUUAAUACUCCACAUGCAGCGGUUUAAAAAGAACAAUUUCUUUAUUGAGAAGAAUCCAACCUUAGUCAACUUUCCUGUGAAGAACUUGGAACUGAAGGAUUAUAUUCCUCUGUCAACACCUAUGGAGAAUGAAAGAUUGCGCUCGAAGUAUGAUUUGAUUGCUAAUAUGGUUCAUGAUGGAAAACCCAAGGAGGGGUUCUAUAGAGUUUUUGUGCAGCGGAAAUCAGAAGAACUUUGGUACGAGAUGCAGGAUCUGCAUGUUUCUGAAACUCUUCCUCAAAUGGUUGCGCUGUCUGAGGCAUAUGUCCAGAUAUAUGAGCAGCAACAGUAGCAUCUCAUAUUUGAUUGCUGAUCGUAUUUGAUUAACAGGUAUUAAGAGUUUUGAACUUAUGCAAAUGAAAUGAGCAAAGAUGAGAAUGAGUUGGACAAUGUUAGGCGGACAUGCUGACUAUUUAAAUAUUGAAUUUCUGCUGUAGAAAUUUAGGCUCUAGUUAUAUGUCGGAGGCAAGUCUAAACAGCAAUGACAUUUUUGACAUGGGAAAGAAGUCAUAUAUUUGAUUGAAAAUGGUGAUCUUUGUAUGAGAUGUACAGCAUCGUGUUACUUUUGUUUAUGUUGUAUCAUGGAGUAAUUAACCCUAAAUUCUAUCAUAUACAAUUUUCGAGAA